CAUCUGUGGUUCGGAUCUCUACCAAAUUCCUGGUGCGAGCGCAGUCAACUCGAGUUUCCACCCGCCACCCCACGUAUACUCGCCAGUUUAAAGUGCACACCACUCCCAGGAGAUCAUGGCCGAAGCGGCCGUCGUCGCCGACGAGCACGCCCUGCAGCGCUUCUACUGCCACAUGUGCAACAUCAAGUUCGAGAGCUGCACCACAACGUUCAGCUGUCCACGAUGCGCCGACGGCUUCAUCGAGCAGCUGGAGGCACGCAGCGAGCACACCGUCGCCGCGCCAUUCGAUUCCGACGAGUCGGACGAGGAGAUGUUCGAUAUGCUGAAUCUGAGCCAUUUGAACUUCCUUCUGCCGGACGUGCGGCCGACUGGUAGGAUCCGUCACGGCGCGGAUGCUACCAGAAGAGCAGCGGGAGGAGGAAGCGAGGCUGGUCAAACUGGAGCGAAUCCACGCUCACCACUGACCUACGAGAACCUUCUUCAGGAAUUCAUCGUGAAUCUAGGCGUGAAUAUGUUGGGAGGCAAUGGGAAUAUGCAAUUAUUCCUCAAUCCCGGCGAUUAUGCGUGGGGCCGCGAAGGAUUGGACGCGAUUGUUACACAAUUAUUGAAUCAAAUUGACACGACAGGGCCGCCACCCCUGGCUAAAGACGUUAUCGAUGCCAUACCCGUAGUGGAAGUCAACCAGGAGCAGGUAGACACAAAGCUGAAAUGCUCCGUGUGCUGGGAAGAGUUUCAACUCGCCGAAAAAGUCCGCCAGUUGGCGUGUCAGCAUGUUUAUCACGAACCUUGUAUUCGCCCGUGGCUGGAACUGCAUAGUACGUGUCCCAUUUGUCGGCAGGAUUUAGGUUCGGAAGAUCAGAGCACUAAUACUGCCCCGGAUAAUUCUGGAGGUACAACUUAUAAUGCCCUGCAACAAUUGUUCCAAGCCGUGCACGGAAGCGGUGGGGGUAUGAGUAGUAGCAGCGCAACCACAACGGAUAGCACCUCGACGAGCAACAACGAUACGACGAGCAGCAGCUCGCGCGGCAGUGAUACUAGUAACUAGUUAAGAAUAAACGCGUCAUGAAAUGAGGCGAAAUGCGCUAAUACACCCAAUACACACAUACAUACAUUACACACAAAUCACACACUUGAUUGAUGCUAGCGCGACGGGUUGUUUGUUACGUUUUUGGUUUUUGAACGAUGUCGAGGCUGCGGUGGCUGAAGGGGGUGGAAAUAUUUGCGAACAUCACAUGCAAUCACAGACACGUGUGCUGAAUUGUUUUGUUAGGCCGACAUUUGUGGAGACAUUUCAACACUGCGAGGCGAUAGAGUGGCGUUUGUGGAUUCUGCAUAGAAUUUUUUAAUGUAUAAAUAUAUAUUUUGCCUUCACACGCGGAGAACCAGCAAAUGAGAGUAGAGUUUCUUCAUUUUUUUCUUUCUGUUUGUAGAUUUACUCAUGUGAACAAAGUUGCGGACGCAGUUCGUGAUAUAAGUUUAUAUAAUUCACUGUACAUUUACAAAGUGUGUGCAUAUUUGUAUUGUAAUUAAGGGAGUAUAUACUAUAAUAACAAAUACAAACAUUUACUGCAAA